AUGUAUACUAGUCGAAGAUAUGGUUCUGGAAGAAUAAGUAAAAUUACUUUUGAUAUGAAAAUUUAUAUUAAAUCUCUUUAUAAAUCAAAUUUUUUUAUUACAUCAUUAGAAAUUUCAAAGAAUAUUAAAGAAGAAUUUAAUAUUAAGAUUUCAAGACCUACUGUUUCAAGAAUAUUGAAAAGCUUUGGUUUUUUAACUAAAAUUGCUGUGAAAAAACCCUUAUUUAAACCUAUUAAUAUAGUAAAAAGAUUUAAAAUUUCAAAAUUUUUAGGUAUUAAAAUGAGAUCUUAA